GAUCUCAAGCUCUGUCUGUCUCUCUCUCUCUCUCUCUCUGUGUGUGUGUGUGUGUGUGUGUGUGUGUGUGUGUGUGUGUGUGUGUGUGUGUGUGUAAAGAUCUCCAGCUAGUGAAAAGCUUCAGAGAGAACUGUACUGUGUUCAUUUCCCUUCAGUUGGUUUGUGGGCUUCUGGAUGUUUUUACCUCUCUUCUCUGGACUUAGCGAGAGAAAAAUGCAGGACGUCUCUUGGAUCUUGUUGAUGUUCACAGGAGCUGCUUCAGCUUUGCUGUUUCAGGAUCCUGUUGUCUGUAGAUUUAAUGAGAGUAGUCAGUGUUAUGUAGCUCUGGGACAACGACUGCACCUGCAAAUUCCCCUGGAGGAUGGGUUUGAACUAAAGAUCACAGACAAGACAUCUACCACUCGUUUAAUUUUAAAAUAUAAAAAAACCCAAAGUAACCCACCAAAUCACCCAAGAUGGCAGUUUGCUAAAGAUGAUAAAACUAUGGUACUAACCAGUGCAGAGAGGAACGACUCUGGAACAUACACUUUAGACACCUUUGAUGCAAACGGGAAUAAUAAAGGCAUUUAUACUCUCCAGCUGUACAUUGAAGCUGAGGUGUCCUCAGUGAAAAUGUGGUACAGCUGCUUGUCCCCUGGAGUCAUGAAUGUUUACUGUUCUGCUGAUGGAGACAACCGCCACUUCAACUGGACUUCUGAUUUAAACACACUCCCUCAACUGGAGAACGGGAGCAGCACUGUCAUACUGAAUAAAGAACAUCAUGGAAAUGUCACUUGCCAUGUAGAAAAUCACGUCAGCCAUGACCACAAUACCACUGAACUCCACCCAUGUCCUGAGCCCACAACUUCGGCUUCAAGAAACGUGACCAGUGUGGACGAGUCAACAGAACAAAACUUUGGUACGAAUACCACAGUAAGCAACAAAGAGACUAAGAGCUACAAUCAGGCUCUUUCUAUGAGUGCCUCGAGCUCCAAUACUAACUCAGGGUUUCUAAAGAUCACUCUGAUUAUCCUGAGCUCAGUUUGUGUGUUUCUCAUCAUGACAUCCAUCUUAGCAUUCUACAUGUACAAGAAGAAACAAGGCCGAAAGAACAAAGAAGCCCCUUCUCAGGACGGCAUGGAGAUUGUGUACUCGCAGGUCACCCAUUUACCCAUGGACACGACAGAGAGAAGACCCAGGAUAUCCCAAGGUCAGGAUGAGGAUGUGGAGUAUGCCAUGGUGGGUACUCGAUCCAACAAAAGAAAGGCAAUGAAGAAAGAUGACGAGGUGCAGUACGGCGAGCUUGUGUUUAACAAUCCUGCUAAAAACAAGCGUGAGACACCCAGAGUGCAAGACGACUGUGUGUACUCUCAGGUCCAUCAUGGUCGGUGAGGUUUACACUCUCUGUCAGUCUCAGCAUGUAGCAGAUUUAUUAUAUUUUUUAUACACCAUCAAAUUGGAGCCUGAAUAUCUAAAUGCUAUCUUUUUAAAAGCUGCAACUAUAUUCAUCCAUUUUUAUUUUGCAAGAUCAUUCUGGUAGAGGAAGUAGCAACUGGAGAUGUUCCACCCUCACACCCAUUAAUCAGUCAUCUCUUACACAGACUCUUCUCUUACCCAAAAUAAAACUUCACAAAUCAUUAAUAUUUUAUGUCAUUUUCUCACAACAAAGGCAAUUUUUAAAAAACACAUUCAAAAAAGUAAUUGCAUAAGCAGAUUCAUGUUUGCUAUCAUUCAUUUUUUGAGCACUUGUAUCUGUGCUCAUUUCCACAUCAGUGCCUUUAUUAAGAACUGGAAAUAUACUGAACUUAUUUCCAAAAGUAAGACCAAUCUGCCGAAUGACAUGAUGUCAUAUGGUGUAUAAACCAAUCACUGGUUCUGCAAUAACCCUGCAAAAAACAACAACAAUAUCUUAGCAAAUAUAUUUGAUAUUAUCUAGUGCUAAAUGCUCGAAAUAGGCAACACUAUCCACCAAUUUAUUAAGAUAAUUUCAAGCUUGAAAUGAGUAAAUAUCUCCAGAAAUGGCCUUCAUAAUCUUAUUUUUGUUUUACAAUAAUCACAUAAGUAAGGAAUAAAACACUUGGGGUUGUGCUGUUAGAGAAAAAAUAAUCUACACAAAGCUGAGUUACCUUUACCACUGUGAAGCUGAUUGAGUUCUAAACUCAGCACAACCUGAAGUUCCUCUUACAAAGCAACAAGUUUCCGAUCGCUAUUGUUUAAAAAAAAAAAUUAUUAAAGAGGGACAUACUUUUUUCCCUCUUUGUUUAAUGUUGUGGAAUGUCUGUGAAACAGUUUGUCGCACAGUAUAACAGUUAAAAACAGUUUAUCACUGUUGCAUCACCUUCUCUUGAAGCUUAUAAGAAAAAACAAAUGCAGCUUGUCAUGUUACAGAGAAACCAGAAAGCACAAUGUUCUCCAUCUUUAGAAUUUGCCAUGGAAAACUUAAAUUUACAGCUUUACCUCAAAUUGUUACAAAGUGGCAACAUGGGAGGCUCCUGAAACUAUUGAUUAUAUGUUUUGCUUUGUAAAUAGUAUGUUUUAGGUUUAUUAUUAUACUUAGAUUAUGUGCAGUGUCCAGCAUACAAAUCCCUGUGAAUGAACUACAGACAGAGUUGCAAGACAGACAGACAAACAAACAAACAAACAAAAAACCCCUGCUAGAUGGCCUCAUGUGAAUGCUGUGCCUCUCUGGACAUUGAAUUAUUCUUAUUUUGUUAGUUAUGCAUUUUUAUUUGACUAAUUUCUUUAAUGAUUUUACUGUUUUGGAUCAAAAUGGUCCAAUUCUAAUUGUAACCAUAACUUGAAUAGAUUUAUGUGCUUGAGCCAUGAACAAGACACUUUUCUUGAAACAGUUUGACCCAGACAGUAACAAGGCAAAACUAAAAAUGGAAUUCUGAACCAAAAAAAGCUAGUAGCCAUCACAUUUCUUGCAUAUUUCCUCUCCCACCUGUGAACACAUGUCUGCAUUCAGGAUAAUCCUUAAUCAUGAGAAACGCUUCUGCAGUCUUAGAACCAAAAAGAGUUUUUUGGGCUGAUGCCAUAGGAGAACCCUUUUAUGUUGCACAAAGAACCUUUUACUCUCAAGUUCUUUAGAGAAACAUCUAUUUACUGGUGCUUUAAAGAACCCACAAUUGGUUCUUCAUAGCAGUGUCACAAGGAACCAUGUUAUCACCAGUUCUCUAAAAAACCCUUAGUUUGUGCUUUAUGGAACCAAAGUAAGAUUCUUAAGAGGGAUGCCAGGAGAACUUUUUCCAGUCCAACAAGGAACUUUAUAGGGUUCAGUUUAAUGGGAUGAUGCCUUGAAGAACCAAUACACUGCUCUGAACAACCUAUAAUGAACCAUAAAUAACUUCUUUAGUCUCCAAAGAAUCAUAUAUCUCAAUUCAAGAACCCUAUACAAUGAAAAAUGGUUACUGAAGAACUAUUGAAGAACCUUUUUUAAGAGUGUCGGACUCUUAUUUUUUUUAAUCAGUAUUAUAAUUAGUAGUAGUAUUUCUAUUUUUAUCAGUAUUGUUUCGUUGAUGAAGAGACAAUAAAUAGGAAGGAUUUUUUUUUUUACUUUUUUAAACAACUUAAUUCACAUCUGUGAAUUUCCAAUGCAGCUUACACACUGUUUUGUUUCACAUACUUCAGCAAGAAAAAAGAGGAAGUCUGAAUUGCUCCUUUUUUCCAACCAACAUUUCUGCUUCUCUGUCAUGAAUGUCAAAAUGAAAAGAAGAAGAAAAAAAACCAAAAAAAAACACCGCCUUGCCUCUGUGGUCAAGUUCUGUACAUAAUAAAUAUGAGAUUAUUUUUUUUCUCUACUAUUUAAAAAAUGUUACUUGGAUCAAAUAAAUGAUUUUUCAGCUUAUGAAAUGUAAAACUGUUGUGGUUCAGUGAUGUUGAUUGAAAUGUUUGUGUAUUUUAUUUUGUUUCUUUCAAAGUUUUUAAAAGAAAUGUAUUUAUUACACAUUCUUCUUAUUAUUUACUAUUUACAGUAUUACCAUAUACAUCUUAUUUGGUAGCUACUUAUCCACUGCUGCUAAAUCUUUCUGUGAAACAGCUAACAGGUAACUAGUUCACUUAAAAUCUCUUUGGGCCAUGCUAUUUUAGGAAAGUAAUCAACAACAGGGUGGACUGGUAUUGCCAGAGAUUUUGAUGAGCAUUGAUUAUUUUUCUGUAGUACUACCUUCCAAAAUAAUUUAUCCCUCUUAUACAGCAGCAAAUUGGCAACUAAAUAUAUUCAUAAACAACACGUUGUAUGUGUUUAAAAUAAAUGUACAGCUUUCAGGUUACUUCAUGAUCUUACAUCACAUACUGUAGGUUCCAACUUCUGUAAACAAGCUACACAUUUUUAAACAAUAAUAUAGUAGAAAGAGCGCAUUAAUUUAUGUCAACCUUGCAGACAAAACUACUGUCAGAGCUGCUGUUUAAAAUAGAUGAAUGAACACCUUCUGACCAAUCAGAAUCGAGCAUUCUGAGCUGGAGCUGUCUGCUUUAACUCUGUACCAAUGUUAUAGUGGAGAGGUGUGAAUUGUUUGCCCAUCACUGGGAUAACACCCCUCCCCUUUCCUAUCACCCUGCUAACCAGCUGCUAAACACAUGAUAUUCUACACAGAGAAAGCCAACAAUGUCCUGAUUAAUCUUAUAGCAGACUUGUGGUGAUAAAACAAAUUUAUACUGAUUGUAAAUGUCCAAUAUUUCAAAUUCCAUUCCGCAGGCAGAAGGAACGCCAGUGUACUGUGAGAAAGGGACCACAGCCAUUACUGCUCAGAUAACAGAUUCUUAUCACUGAUAUGAAUUUUAGAAGGAUGUUACUCAUGAUUUCCGUUUCCAUUGGGGGCUGUGCAUUUAUCUCAUGGGGCUGUUAAAAUUAGCUCCUUAUCGAGACCUUCAAUCACAGUGCAAGUACAACUUCAAGAAGUCCAAAUAAUCAUUAGUAGAAAAUACUUCAGUGAUUGUAGUCUGUUACUCUACUUAAGUAUUAUUUAGGGAGGAUUUAUACUUUACUUAACCAUUAUGGAAAUUGAAUACCUUAUUAAAUUGCAUAUCUUAAUUUAUACUUACGUUUUUAUUUAGAUUUUCAGAGUACUCAUUACAAAUCUCUAGUUCUCUCAUCCAGGCAAUGACUGUAUGCUAUAUACAGUAUCGACUGAAUGGGCUUCCAUACAUUUUGUUUCUAUUUUAUUCACCUUUCAGUUUAAAGCAUCCAAACUAAUUUAUGUAUUUGGAUAAAAAAAGAGAGAGAUUUUGUCAUUUAAUGUGUAAAUGUGUUUGUACAUGUGAAUGAUUUGUAUUUAACAAUGCCUUGGUUGUAUUGUCAAUUUCAACCUUGUAGCUUUGUAUUAUGUUGUAAUAAUUGAUGGAAAACCUAUUUCUGUACCUCUGCAGAGCCUCUGUUUUUAUAUUUGCUCUUAAAUAAAGCAGUGAUGUUUUA